AUGUCCCAUUGGUUUCACCGCAAUCCUAUGAAACCGACGGAGCAUGUUAAAUUUGAUUUAAAGCGGAUGCUCACUUCUAAUGAAUCCACUAAAAUCUGCAGCGAACUACGGCUACGCCGAGAAAAGCUCUUGGAGCUAUUUAGAAACGCUGGGAACGAUUUGAAGGACGUUGAUGAAAAGUUUACUGAGUACCUCCGACUUUUUGCCGGGUUCCUUGUUGAUAUUGGUGUUCUUGCUGCUGGAGGUGAUCCCUCGCGAGCCAAUAGCAAAUUGGUCCCUGUUGUUCGUUAUCAUUGGGGUCAUUCUAUGCUGGGAACAGCUUCAACAGAGCAGUCAGAUUCAUGGUUUGAGGCCUUAAAUCUCAUCGAAUGUAUGGCUAUAUGGCUUAUGAAACAUGCUGCAUGGGUAGCGGGUAAGGAUGAAGUGCGGGAAGUUGAAGCCAAAGAGUGCCUUUCUUGCCUUCGUCGUGCUGCAGGGAUGUUCGCCUAUGUGGGAUCAAAUUUAAAUAGACUUUCUGGAGCAGCUGACUACGAGGGUGCUGAUUUUGAUUCUAAAGUUGUGCGGGGCUAUGAGUUACAGGCUAUUGCUGAAGCACAGGAAGUUGUCAUUGCACGUGCCAUUGAAAUGAAGCAUAACCCAUCGCUUAUCUCUGCACUUGCUGCCCAUACUGCCAGUUUAUUUGGAAAAGCCGGUGAUCAAUUGGCAUCAUUCAAAGACGACGUGUUUGGCAGAUGGAAACGUUAUUUGCAGCUGAAGCAGCACUUCUACCUUGCGUACGGUUACGCCUUUCUAGGCGAAGGUCUUUUGGCUGAGGACAAAUGUGGAGAAGCUGUUAGAGCUUGCAAGGAAGGAUUUGCUGAAUAUCAAAUCGCCAAAGAUUUCGCGUCUAAAUAUGGUACUGCUACAGGGCCAGGAACACGAAUCAAACCUGAGGGCCAUCUUUUCUUUCGCAGAAUACAGCCACUACUGCAACGGCAUUUGGAAAAAGCUGAGAGGGAGAACGGUUUUAUUUACCAUCAGAUUGUCCCUGAUGAAUGCCCGAAACUCGAUCCAGAACCUGGUUAUGGAGUAGCGAAGCCUGAGCCAUUUAACUAUCCCGCACAUGCAGAGAUCUGGACGCCUGCCGUGUACGCUUCCUUCAAUCUUUCAAAAAUAUCCAUGCCGGAUUUCUCGAAGAUCUUUAAAAGCAAGAAAGAACUGAAAGCAGUUGAGGAAGCGAAGAUUUAUCAAACAGAAAAAGACCCUAGUACCGAAAGUGGAUGUGUUAUAUCGUGAUGUUUCUAUUUUCUACACUUUCAGAUUCUUCUUAUAUGCUUGAGCUAUUGUGGGUGUACAGUACAAUUUAGUCUUAUGAAUAAUGCUUCAUGCUUCACUUGUAAUGGGCCGAGAGUGUUUGUUUACUAUCUUGCAGUCAAAAUGUAAUCACUGCUACAUGAGUACGAGCUUGUCAAACUAAUACAAAACAAUACUUAAUGGUUCAGCUGUUUGUGGCUGAGCUUCUUCGCAAACACUGCCUCCAUUCAAAAAACUUUUUCGUAAGAGGAUGCAAGCAUUGAACAUCUCUUUGCUACUCCAUGAUCCACCUCUUUAUCAUAAAUUGCAAGAUUUUCUGUAUAGCUUGUAUACACUCCGUACUUUUCGAUUGUACUCACUGUAAAUAAU